CAAACUUGGUGUUGCACCAGACCGUGGAGCGCAUCCACGUGGGCAAGAAGUAUGGGGACAUCCCCCGAGGCAUCUUUGUCGUGAGAGGCGAGAACGUUGUUCUGCUGGGGGAAAUCGACCUGGAGAAGGAGAGUGACACGCCUCUGCAGCAGGUCUCCAUCGAGGAGAUCCUGGAGGAGCAGCGGGUGGAGCAGCAGGCCAAGCAGGAGUCGGAGAAGCUGAAAGUGCAGGCGCUGAAGGAGCGGGGCCUCUCGGUGCCGCGGGCAGACACCCUGGACGAGUACUGA